UAUGGCAUUAUUUCAAGUUGCAUUUACACCACACAAAAUCUUAACCUGUCUAUGAGUUUCGAGUCUUCUUCUUCCAAAUAUCCUACCAAACAACGAAAGACCUUACACACUUUUCAUCAAUGGCAGAAUCAAUUCUGUUCAGCCUUGCAGCAAAUAUUGCAACCAAAUUGGGUUCUUUCCCACUCCAAGAGCUUGGAUUGCUGUGGACCGGUUUCCAUGAGGAGCUUGACAAACUCAAAGACACUCUUUCCGCCAUCCAAGCAGUACUUCUCGACGCAGAACAGAAGCAGUACAAUAGUUAUGCUGUGAAGGAAUGGGUUUCAAGGCUCAAAGAUGCUUUCUACGAUAUCGAUGAUCUGAUGGACGAGUUCUCCUAUGAAUCCUUCAAAAGACAAGUUAUGACCAAACAUAGAUCUAACACUACCAAACAAGUACGUAUUUUCUUCUCAGAAUCUAAUCAAAUUGUAUUUCGUUUGAAAAUGGGUCAUAAAAUCAAAAGAGUCAGGGAGAAGCUCGAUACUAUUUCUAAAGAUAAAGCUCAAUUCAAUCUUUCUGAGAAUACGAGGGAGAUACGAAAUGACGAAACGGCUAAACGACCGGAGACUUGCUCUUUUCUACUUGAAGGAGAAGUAAUUGGUCGAGAUGAUGACAAGAAAGGUAUUGUACAUUUUCUAUUGGAUACCAACAUCACAAAGGAAAAUGUUGCUGUGGUUGCCAUUAUUGGAAUGGGAGGAUUAGGAAAGACCGCCCUUGCUCAAUCUGUCUACAACGAUAUGAAGGAAAAUAAACAUUUUGACUUGACAAUGUGGGUGUGUAUUUCUGAAGAAUUUGAUGUCAAAUUAAUUGUUGAAAAUAUUAUAGAGUCUCUUACGAAAAAGAGACCCGAGUCCAACCUUCAACUCGAGACGUUGCAAAGUAUGCUUCGAGAGAAAAUUGAUGGAAAAAAAUACUUGCUUGUCAUGGAUGAUGUGUGGAAUGAUAACCGGACGAAAUGGAUUAGUCUAAAAGCGUUUCUUAUGGGUGGAGCUAAGGGAAGUAGGAUUUUGAUCACAACUCGUACUCAUCAAGUUGCACAUACUUCUGACACAGUUUUGUCCCAUGAUUUAAGUGAACUAGACAAGGACAACUCUUGGGAGUUGUUUAGAAAAAUGGCAUUUUCAAACGAAUCGGAGGUGCUUGAAAAUUCAAAGUUGGUUUUAAUCGGUAAGGAGAUUGUGGCAAAGUUGAAAGGCUCUCCUCUUGCAAUAAGGGUAAUUGGGAGCUAUCUGUAUUCUAAAAGGUCCGAAAAGGAUUGGUUGUCAUUCAAGAACAACGAAUUUGGCACAAUCAUGCAGCACGAAAAUGAAAUUCAAUCCAUACUAAAGAUCAGUUUUAACCACCUCUCAUCCAAUUUGAAGCAAUGUUUCACCUAUUGUGCUUUGUUCCCUAAAGAUCGUGAGAUUCAAAAAGAUUAUUUGAUAAAACAAUGGAUGGCACAAGGCUUCAUUCAACCACAGAACAAGAAGACAAUGGAAGAUGUUGGUGAUGAUUAUUUCAAAGAACUACUGGGGAGAUCAUUUUUCCAAGACAUAAGAAAAAAUAAAUGGGGAGAGAUCAAGAAGUUCAAGAUGCACGACAUCAUACACGAUCUUGCAUGUUUCCUUGUAGAAAAUGAAUGUGUGCUUGCUAAUAAUGACACUAAGUCCAUUGACAAAAGGACUCGACUUGUGUCAAUUUCGGCGGCCUUCGUUUCAAAUACAAGAUGGGAAGUCGUUAAAGAAUCAUUAAUAGAGGCAAAAAAUUUGAGAACAUUGAAUUAUGCGGGUGACAAAAUCGAAAUCGACCUCUCUAAUCAUUUGCGGUUACGAACAUUGAAUUUGGAGUAUCGUCAUUAUUAUUUAGAUAUUCACAAGUGUAUUGGUAAGAUGAAACAUUUGAGAUAUAUUAAUAUUUCUUCUUGUCGUAUUGAUUUCCUUCCCAAGGUAGUUACAAAAUUGUAUCAUUUGGAAACACUCAUCCUUCGUGGAUGUCUCCAACUAAGUGAACUGCCAAGUGAUAUUAAGAAUCUGAUCAAUCUUAGGCAUCUUGAUAUUAAGGAUUUUAAACAUGUUUGGAGACAUAUGCCAAGAGGAAUGGGUUCAAUGACUACCCUUCAAACAAUGAAUUUGUAUGUAUUGGGAGAGAAUAAAGGCGGUGAGUUAAGUGAAUUCAAUGGAUUGAUUAACUUGAGAGGAUCAUUAAGUAUUCGAGAAUUGCAGUUUUGCAAACCCAUUGGUUUAGAAAAUGCUAAAUACCUUGAAGAAAAGUCUGGAAUUCAAAAGUUGGAAUUACAUUGGGACACCUUGGAAAGGAAAUUAUCUAAAAUUGAUGAUGAAGAUGAGAAAGUUUUAGAGUGCUUGAAACCACAUCCAAAUCUUCAAAAAAUAUGCAUAGAAGGAUACAGAGGAGUGAAGUUAUGUAAUUGGUUCUCAUUUGGUUAUAGAGGUAGUUUGGUCACCAUAAAGCUUUGCGAAUGUGAAAAAUUGCAACAUCUCCCUCGAUUUGAUCAAUUUCCUUUUCUCAAACAUCUUCAUCUCGAAGAUUUACCUAAUAUUGAGUUUAUUGAUAAUAAAAAUUCUAUUUCUCAUUCAUUAACAACGUUCUUUCCCUCCCUUGAGAAACUAAGCAUCAUUCACUUGCCUAAGUUGAAAGAAUGGUGGAAGGGGGAAUUCAUUGAUCAAACUAUCUCAUUUCCAACGAUUUUUCAACACCUUUUUGAAUUGAAGAUUAAUUUUUGUCCACAGUUGGGUUCUAUUCCAAAACAUGGACCUUUGCAUUCAUUGGACAUAAGUGAUAUCAGUUCGCAACUUUUUGAGUUGGUCAUGGAAAUGGCUACUACGAACAUUAUUGUUGGAUCACAGGAUUCUUCUUCUUCAGCUACUACAUCAUUAUCUUCUCUAAGUAUUUCGUGCAUGGAUUUUGAAUUUUUACAAUUACAUGACUUAUUCUCCAAUAUGACACAUCUUAAGUCUCUUGUCAUAAGAAAUUGCAGGAAUAUAAAAACAUUAAUGUCUUCUUCUCUUGAUGGUGUUAUAUGGAAAGGGCUUGGAAGUCUUCGUACACUUAUUUUGAAUAGCAUCCCCGAAUUGGAGUAUUUACCAAAGGGUUUGCAAUAUGUGACAACUCUUCGAAGUUUGACAAUAUCUAAUUGUCCAAAUUUGGUAUCUAUUGAAGGGAUUGGGCAUCUCACUUCACUAUCACUAUUGAGAAUUUAUGGUUGUCCUAAUUUAACUUCAUACCCUCAAGAAAUGAGUCAUCUCUUUUCACCAUUACGUUUGAAAAUCUACGGUUGUCCCAAAUUAAGAGGCCGACUUCCCACCAUGGACUAAAUUACAAGUACUUGCCCAGGUGAAAAGAAGGCAAAGAAGACGAUCCAAAACAAUUUGCAAGAGAUGAGCAACAAAUGAAGAAAAAACAACUCACUGAUCGAUCAGGCACCACUUUUACAAAAAUAUCUUUAUAUCUUUUCAACCAUUAUAUUAUUGUUAGGUGGAGAGAUUUGAAUACCGUCACGUGGUUUUUACUUCUUUUCUUUAAGAAGGUUUCCCACACAUAAAUUAUCAGUGUCCUUUAGUUGUCUAUAUAUUAUUAUCGACUAUGCUUGAUUCCUAGCACUUAAACAGAUCGAAAGAGUUUUUUUCUUAAUUCA